UUUGGGCAAAUUCGAGUGCUGGAGACGGGGUGCGCCGUCACCGCGCUUUCUGCAUCGGGUUACGCCAUUCAACCAGGGUCAAUCGGUUCACCGGGGUAACGAAGAUGAUGGCCACAUCACGGGCGUGCGUGCCUCCGUGUUCCUCAUGACCGACCGGCGACGGCGGCAGCAGCAGCAGCAGCAUCUGCGUGCGGGUUUGGGUUUGUCUCAUACCGGGCUGGCGUGGAACCGAUCCCACCGUCUGGCGGAGCGUCUGCCAGGCUGAGUCACCACUGGAGUGUCUGAAGGGUCGCGAGAGAGAGAGUGAAAGUGAAGGAGGAGGCUGAGACGUUACAUCACAACGUGGCAGAGAAAGUGAGAGGAAGAGUGUGAGAGAACAGGAGAGCAGAGCGAGACGGGCGCAAGGGAGAGCGAGGGGAACGGGACAGAACUGCCAGCAGGAAGUCGAGUACUGUACUGACCCUUGAACUCUGACCUCGGAGCCAACAUGAACGACCAGAACGUAGUGAAAGAGGGAUGGGUGCAGAAAAGAGGUGAGUACAUUAAGAACUGGAGACCGCGGUACUUCCUGUUAAAGACGGAUGGGUCGUUUAUUGGAUAUAAAGAGAAGCCGCAAGAUGCCGAUCUGGCGUAUCCACUCAACAACUUCUCUGUGGCCAAGUGUCAGCUGAUGAAGACGGAGAGACCGAAGCCCAACACCUUCAUCAUCAGGUGUCUGCAGUGGACAACUGUGAUCGAGCGCACGUUUCACGUGGACACGCCUGACGAGCGGGAUGAGUGGGUCGAGGCCAUUCAGAUGGUGGCAGACAAGCUGGCCAAACAGGAAGAGGAAGGAAUCCUGUGUAGCCCCAUCUCUCAGAUCGAAAACGUCAACGAGGAAGAGAUGGACACGUCGACCAGUCAUCACAAACGAAAGACAAUGAAUGACUUUGACUAUCUGAAGCUGCUGGGUAAAGGCACGUUUGGGAAGGUGAUUCUGGUGCGAGAGAAAGCCAGCGGCACAUAUUAUGCAAUGAAGAUCUUGAAAAAGGAGGUUAUUAUUGCCAAGGAUGAAGUUGCUCACACGCUCACAGAGAGCAGAGUUCUGAAGAACACGAGGCAUCCGUUUCUAACUUCACUGAAGUACUCAUUUCAGACGAAGGAUCGUUUAUGUUUUGUUAUGGAGUAUGUGAAUGGAGGAGAGUUGUUUUUUCAUUUGUCGAGAGAACGUGUGUUUUCGGAGGAUAGAACCCGUUUUUACGGCGCUGAGAUCGUUUCUGCGUUGGAUUACUUGCACUCUGCGAAGAUUGUUUACCGUGACCUGAAGUUGGAAAACUUGAUGUUGGAUAAGGACGGUCACAUAAAGAUUACUGAUUUCGGCCUGUGUAAGGAGGGCAUCACAGACACCGCCACCAUGAAAACGUUCUGUGGGACCCCAGAGUAUCUGGCCCCUGAGGUAUUGGAGGACAAUGAUUACGGGAGAGCGGUGGACUGGUGGGGUCUGGGAGUCGUUAUGUAUGAGAUGAUGUGUGGACGCCUUCCCUUUUAUAAUCAGGAUCAUGAGAAGCUGUUUGAACUGAUUCUGAUGGAGGAGAUCAAGUUUCCCAGAACCCUCUCUGCCGACGCCAAGUCUUUACUGUCUGGAUUACUCAUCAAAGACCCCAAUAAGAGGCUUGGAGGAGGCCCAGAUGAUGCUAAGGAAAUCAUGAGACACAGUUUCUUCACUACGCUGGACUGGCAGGACGUCUAUGACAAAAAGCUGGUACCGCCGUUCAUGCCGCAGGUCUCAUCUGAAACGGACACCAGGUAUUUCGACGAGGAGUUUACGGCGCAGACCAUCACCAUCACCCCUCCGGAGAAGUACGACGAGGACGGGAUGGACUCGGCCGAUAGCGAACGGAGACCGCAUUUCCCACAAUUCUCGUAUUCGGCCAGCGGGCGGGAGUGAUGUCAUCAAACAACGCCAUCGAAGGAGCCCCGCGUAGCCAUGCUAGAAAGAGCCCCCCCUCUCUCUCUCUCUCUCCUCCUCCUCCGUUUGAUAGUCAUAGCGAGUCGUUUUUGUUGCUUUCUGUUUGUUUUUUUUGUGGGACUUAAAAGGGGUUUUGCACAGUUGGGUGAGACUUGAGCUGGUCGACCCACAUUAAAAAGUCUUGUACACUUUCAGCUUGUUGUUUACAGAUCAUGGACAGUGUUUUUGGGGGGGAAUAUGAUCAGUAUUGUUGAAGACCCGGAGCAUUUUUUUUCGUUUUUGUUUUUGUUUUGCACUCGAGCCGUUGUGGGGAACAAACCAAAAAUGUUGCCUUAUGUGUGUGGAUCUCAUCAGACAGACAGACAGACAGACAUGUAGUUAGACGCAGCAGUAGAUCUGUUCCUGUGAGGCUCACAAAUUUCAUUUUGUUCUUGCAUUUUUAACACACACACACAUACACACACACACACACAUCCUCUUGUCUGAGGCGUUGAAGAGUUUUGUUCCUUGUUCGUGCUUUUGGUAUAUAAUGAAAUGAAGAAAGUGGGGAAAAUGGACUCUAGUGUUAAUAUUUGCGUUUUUGCUUUAGUUUUAUCCUCACGCUCUGAUAUCAAGGUUUCAGUUCAAAUACACAACCAUACAACAAACUGCCGUUACUGUAAAGGUCUCUCAGGCAAUUCAGAGCACAAGCGUGAAUCUCACGAAACCCGCCAAGAACAUGUCUGCGUCGUAUUUCUCUGCAAAUCUAUAAAGGAAAAUAGGAUAUUUGGCAACACUUUACAGUAAGGUUCAUUAGUUUAGAUUAGUAGAAUGAAAAACACUUCUACAGCAUUUAUUAAUCUUAGUUAAUGUUAAUUUCAGCAUUUACUAAUGCAUUAGUAAAAUCACAAACUGUGUUUGUUAACAUUAGUUAAUGAACUAACAAUGAACAACUGUUUUUAUUAAAUAACAUUCAAAUAAGUGAAUAAAUACUGUAAUAAAUGUAUUGUUCAUUGUUUGUUCAUGUUAACAAAUGACACAUUAUUAUAAAGUGUUACCGGAUAUUUUGCAUGAGGAAAAUUCUGCAUAUUUUUAGGACCAUUUAGAUGUUUUGCACUGCAACAUUUUCAUGAGUUUUAAAAAAAUGGUAUAAUAAUAAUAAUAAUAAUUAUUAUUAUUAUUAUUAUUAUUAUUUAAAUAUUAUCUAAAUAAUUAUAUAUAUAUAUAUAUAUAUUAAGAAUAUUUUGGUAACACUUUACAAUAUGGUUUUAUUUGUUUUCAUUAAUAUACUACAGUAGUUAACAUGAACUAACAAAGAAAAACAGUUCUACAGAAUUGAUUAAUUUUAGCUUAUCUUAAAUCCAGCAUUAAGAAAUACAUUUUUGCUGUAAUUAGUCCAAAUUAUUUAAAAAAAAAAUUUUUUUUUAUUUUUUUUUUUUUUUUACUUUUUACUAAAUUAUGAAAAAAAAAAAUAAUAAUGUUACUUUGUUUUUUUAUUUCAUUUUUGAAGUACAACAAAUACCAGCAAGGUCUCAUUUGUUAACUUUAGUUAAUGUACCUAACUAACAUGAGCGGUGAGCAAUUUCUUACAACAUUUUUGUAACAAUUUUGUAACACUUUACAGUAAGGUUAAUUAGUUAAAAUUAUUUAACAUGAACUAAAAAUGAACAGUACUUCUACAGCAUUUAUUAAUCUUAAUGUUAAAAUAUCAACAUUAACUAAUGCAUUAUUAAAAUCACAAACUGUGUUUGUUAACAUUAGUUAAUGCACUGUGAACUAACAAACUAACAAUGUUUUUUUUUUAUUAAUUGACACUGACUAAAAUUAUUGGUAACACUUUAUAAUAAGGUGUCAUUAGUUAACAUGAGUUAAUCUAUUAACUAACAUGAACGAACCAUGAAUAAUACAUUUAUUAGUUUUAUUAAUCUUUGUUAAUGUUAGUAAAAAAUACAGUUGUUCAUUGUUUGUUCAUGUUAGUUGACAGUGCAAUAACUAAUGUUAACAAACAAAACUUGUAAUAAUGCAUUAGUAAAUGCUGAAAUUAGCAUUAACUAAGAUUAAUAAAUGCUGUAAAAGUAUUGUUCAUUUUUAGUUUAUCUAAUGUACUUAACUCAUUUUAACUAAUGAACCUUGUUGUAAAGUGUUACCAAAUUAUUAAAUGCUGUAAAAAAUAUUUUAUAAUGAAUAAAUAAUAAAAGUAAAAAAUAAUAUAAUAUUUAUAUAUAAUAUAUAAAUAUUGCUCACUAUUUAUGUUAGUUAGGUACAUUAACUAAAGUUAAAGUUAGUGUUACUAGUAUUUUUAAGUUGUUGGUGUGCUAACUUCAAAAUAAAAUUAAUCAAAUAAAAAUUUAGUAAUAGUAUUUUUAUCAUAAUUCAGUGAAAAGUUAAUGAAAAAUCAAUUUCCACAAUAAAUAUUAGCAGUAAGUAAUGGGAAUUACAAAAAAACAAACAAACGAUAAAGUAAAAUCUUUUGAUUAAUUACAGCAUUAAUUAAUUACAAAUUUUUUGGUAACACUUUACUGUAGGGUUCAUUAGUUAACUUUAGUUAUGAUGAACUAGGAGUGAACAAUACAGUAUUUAUUAAUCUUAGUUAAUAGUAAUUUCAACAUUUACUAAUGCAUUAUUAAAAUCUAAAGUUGUUAACAUUAGUUAAUGCACUGUGAACUAAUAUGAACUAACAAUGAAUGACUGUAUUUUCAUUAACUAACAUUAACAAAGAUUAACAGUGUAAUAAAUGUAUUGUUCAUUCAUGUUAGUUAAGACACCUUAUUGUAAAGUGUUACCAUUGUUUUCUUUUUUGUGCAUUAUAGAAAUGUAUGACAUAAUUGUCUUAUAAAGUCAAAAUGGCCUUUUUUAAAAAUCUAAAAUACGAUUUAUUUUUGUCAUCUUGAUUUUUAGUGUGAAAUACGACCCGCACAUGUUUUUCGUGAGAUUCACCCACAAAUCUACCCACCGACAUGGUGAAACCUGCCCAGAUAUGACUUGCAUCACUUUGUCCUGAAUUCCUCACCUCGGACGUGCUGCGACGGCCCGUUUUAAACCUCCUACGCUCUCCAAACUCGACAAGCGUUCAGGACAGUUGGGUUCAGGCUCGUGUUGGGCGGCGUUUUACCUUUACUGUACAGAGCUACAGGUGUGAGUCUCUCUCAGCAGCACAGAGAGAGACCGAUCAACCACUGACCCUCACUUCUCACCACACAGAGAGAAAACCUAACGUUGGACUAUUCCUGAAAAUGUAAAUACAAACCUCUCGCUCUCUUUUUACCGGUAUUGUUACAUUACCAUUAUUAUUUUGGUUUUUGCAUAAAGAAGUUAUGAUCCUGUCUCCAUAGCUGUGGAAAUCUUUUAUGGACGUGUGAUGUCUGCGUUUGGAAUCAAUACCAAGUCAGAUCACAGACUCAUUAUAUGUGCAACUGAGCCAUGCAAUAGCAGUGUGAAUGACCCCUGACCUUUGACCCUUGUGUGUGGUGUACAUAUGCAAUGCCUUCUGUUUGUUACGCGUCACAGAAAAAAUAUAAAUUGAAAAAUGACACAAAAUUAUUGGAGGAACGUGUAUCGUGUGGGUGUUUCCAUAGAUACGACUUGCUAUGGUUUCGAUCCCAUCCCGUUUGUACCCGAUCCAGUGAACGUUUUGGAAACUGCCGGUAUUCUUCAUAGCGAAUGAUAUGAGUGUGUGUGAUUGUUCGUUACACUUUCAGUUGUUAUUUUCACGCUGUGACGCAUUCGGUCGGCUGACGGGAAAUCCUCUGCAGGUUUUCUAAUGUUGUUCCGAUGACUGAGGUUUUUUUUUUCUUCUUCUUUUUUCAGUUUGUUUCAGCGUAUUUUUGUACUAUAGAUGUAAUUUAGUUGUAUUUAUUUUCGUAUGUUGGGAUGAAGGACGCUGUCGGCCGCGUUUAUUAAGUGCUCUCUCUCCCUCAUUAUUUUUUAUACCUUUCCUUUAGUCGUUUGCCUGUUUUGUUUUCAUACCAAAACAUUAGGGCAAGUGCCCUGUAGAGGACUUGCAUUGCCAUUUGGUAGUAUUUAUUUUAAGUUAUAUUAAAAUGUUCAAAUUUC